AUGGUGAGAAACUUUGUGGAAGUGAUCAAAGAAAUAAUUUGUGAUGCAGAGGAGAUACUUGAAACCUUUGUUCUAAAAGAUGAAAUCGGAAAAAAUGGUGGCAUCAAGAAGGUUAUCAGAAGACUUCCUUGUAUUAUUCCACAACGCAGGGAAAUUGCAUUAGAAAUUGGAAGCCUCAAUAAGAGGAUCUCUAAGGUGACUCGUGAUAUGCAAAGUUUUGGAGUACUAGUACAACAUAUUAUCGCCCAUAGCAAGGAUUCACAACCUCAUCAGGAAAGACAAGAAUUUGCUAUAUACUCCGAAAGCAAUCUUGUGGGGUUGGAAGGAAAUGUUAAGAAUUUGGUGGAUGAAGAUAAUGUUCAAGUGGUUUCUAUAAGUGGGAUGAGUGGUCUUGGUAAAACCACCCUUGGUAGAGAAGUUUUUAACCAUGAUAUGGUUAGAAAUAAGUUUGAUGGACUCACAUGGGUGUGUGUUUCACAAGAAUUUACUCGUAAAUCUGUGUGUCAAACAAUCUUGGGGACUCUUAUACCGAGUGGAGAGGAAGAUAAGAUCAUGAAGAUGACAGAAGAUCUUCCGAUUGUUGGAAACAUCUAA